AUGUCUUUGUCAUCUCUGUCAGAUGCAGAGAAAGAACUCAGGAUGGUGCUUGUUGGGAAAACUGGAGUUGGGAAGAGUGCAUCAGGAAACACCAUCUUGGGAAAAAAAGCUUUUAAAUCCACAGCAUCUGCUUCUUCUGUGACAUCAGAGUGUCAGAAGGAAAGAGGAGAGUUUGGAGGUCAAACCCUGGCUGUAGUUGAUACUCCAGGAUUGUUUGACACCAUACUACCUGAAGAUGAGGUGAAGAGAGAGAUUAUUAGAUGCAUCUCAUUAUCUGCUCCUGGUCCUCAUGUAUUCCUGGUUGUGAUCCAACCAAACAGAUUCACCAAAGAAGAACAAGAAACUGUGAAAAUCAUUCAAAAGGUGUUCGGACAAAAGUCAGCAGAUUACACUCUGGCCUUGCUCACCCAUGGAGACGAUCUGGAAGCUGAUGAUGUCACGUCCGAUGAAGUUACUGUAGAAACAGCAAUCAGUGGAAAUUCAGCCCUCCAAAGCUUCAUCCAUCAGUGUGGAGGAGGAUAUCAUGUUUUUAACAACAGACAAAAGGAUCCCACUCAGGUUGGAGAGCUGCUGGAGAAGAUCAACACCAUGGUUCGGAGAAAUGAAAGCAUAUACUACACCAGCAACAUGUUUAAAGAGUCUCUAGCAGCCAUACAAAAAGAAAUGAAACGACUUAAAACAGAAAAUCCAAAAAUUGAGUUACAACAACUGCGGAAAAAGGGGAGGGUCCAGUGGGAGCUGUAUUAA